AUGCCCAAUCAUAAAAUGGAUGUGUGGAAACUGGCAAUCAGAAUCAUUUUCUUAUCACAAACAACCAUUGGAAUUAUGGGAAAUCUCUCUCUUAUAUUCUACUAUUUAGUCCUUUCCUUCAGAGAAUAUGCAUUAAAGCCAAAAGAUCUGAUUCUCAUGCACCUACUGACAGCAAAUACCUUGAUCAUUCUCUCUGCGGGAGUGGCCCACACAAUGGCCGUUUGGGGACUGAAGCCAUCCUUCAAUGAUUUUGGAUGUUUGCUACUAUUGUUCAUUCAAGGAUUUGCCCGAAAUGUAUCCAUGGGAACCACCUGCCUCUUGAGUAUCUUCCAGGCCAUGACCAUCAGUCCCAGGAAAUUGUGUCUGAAGGAUCAUAAAGUCAAAGAAACAAAGUUUGUUGGCUGGUCCAUUUCUUUACUUUGGGUCUUCUAUGUGUUGAUACGUUUUAUUUUCUUUAUGUACACAUUUAUCAGAACAAAUAGCCAAAACAUAACAAGAAAUCGAGAUUUUGGAUAUUGCUCUACUAUAGCGCCAGAUGAAAUCAUUGACUCACUCUAUGCAGCACUGGUGAUGUGCCCUGAAUUCCUUUUUGCUGUGCUUAUCAUCUGGUCCAGCACCUCUAUGAUUCUUAUUCUGUAUGGACACAAGCAGAGGGUUCAGCACAUCCGCAGCUCUCAUGGUUCCAGGAUCAAAUGCCCUGAGUCCAAAGCCACCCAGAAUAUCUUGGCACUGGUUUGUACGUUUCUGGCAUUUUAUACUCUCUCCACUAUAUUGAGAGGCUGCAUUGCUCUUUUGUAUAAUCACAGUUUGUGGGUGAUGUACAUCACUCAUCUCACUUCUCUUUGUUUUCCCUGUUUUGGACCCUAUAUUCUUAUAAGUCAUUACUCCAUUGUAUCCAGGUUAAGUUUGACAUGGUUAAGAGUAAAAUUUUCUCCUCAUUUUAUUGUAAUUAUGUAA